UCAAGCAUCUCCAAGGUCCUUGUAACUGCCUUCCAGUAAUCAUGGCGGACAAGCUUCGCGCACAGCAGCAGCUCGAACAGUUGCAAAGUCGUUACGUCGGUACCGGCCAUGCUGAUACGACCAAGUUUGAGUGGACCAGCAAUAUCCAGCGUGACAGCUACGCAAGCUACAUUGGCCACCCGCCAUUGCUCUCGUACAUGGCUAUUGGAAUGGGGGAACCAAAAGAAAAAGUGCGGGCAAAAAUGAUUGAGAAAAUGAUACAACCAGUUGGAAAGCCGCCAGAGAUGCAAGAUUGAUAGGAUUAUUUGUCAUUCUCCAUGUGUCGAGUUUUAUGUUUGGCAAGACUGGACAGGCGUUGCCGGCGAUUUGUCUUAUAUUAUCAAUUUCAUUUAAUCCACUGUAAAAUACCGCUUUCAGACUCACGAUAUAAUGGAAAAUAUUUUCUGCAUC